GCGCGCUUAACCUUGUGCUGCAGCAGUGUUGUCAAAUGAGCUGUGGAAAGAGUGUAAAAACGUUUCUGAUCCUAUAGUUAGUCUCCAGCAUUAUUCGGGAGUCAUGAGCAAAUAUAUUUUACCAGUGUCUGUGUUUGGAACAGUGUUUGGAUGCGCUGUUCUACUGAAGACCCACGUGACUGGAGGCCGGUGUCCCAGUAAGGCCAUCAUUAAUGGGAAGACUGUGGUUAUAACAGGAGCCAACACAGGCAUUGGGAAAGAGACCGCCCGGGAACUGGCCCAGAGAGGGGGUCGGAUCAUUAUGGGCUGUCGGGACAUGGAGAAGUGCGAGGCAGCUGCGAAGGAAAUACGAGGGAAGACCCUGAAUCCUCACGUAUAUGCGUGUCACCUCGACCUGGCCUCCAUGAAAUCCAUCCGAGAGUUUGCAGAGAGAAUCAAACAAGAGGAGCAGCGUGUGGAUGUACUGAUAAACAAUGCAGGGGUCAUGAGAUGUCCAGCGUGGAAGACAGAAGAUGGUUUCGACAUGCAGCUUGGAGUUAACCACCUAGGCCACUUCUUGUUGACAAAUCUUCUGCUAGAUAAGUUGAAAGAGUCCGCCCCCAGCAGAGUGAUCAACCUGGCCUCACUCGCCCACAUCGUUGGAAAGAUUGACUUCGAGGACUUGAACUGGGAGAAGAAGAAGUUUGAUACCAAGCGGGCGUACUGUCAGAGCAAGCUUGCCAAUGUUCUGUUCACCAGAGAGCUCGCCAAGCGAUUACAAGGCACAGGAGUCACAGUGAAUGCUGUGCACCCAGGCGUUGUUGCCACGGAGCUCGGGAGGCACACGGGUCUGCACCAAUCACAGUUCUCGAGCUCUGUGCUCAGUCCCUUUUUCACCAUGUUGGUGAAGAACCCAGAGCUGGGGGCCCAGCCCAGCGUCUACCUGGCUGUGUCCGAGGAGAUGGAGGGGGUGACGGGAAUGUACUAUGAUGUGAUGACAGAAAAGGAACCGGCACCGCAGGCCCUGGAUGAGGAGGCAGCUCGCAGGCUGUGGGAGGUCAGCAGCAGGCUGGUGGGUCUGGAGGAGGAGGGACAGUCCGCCAAAUCAAACCCACCAGCAGAAGGCCAGAGCAAAGUCACACAGGCAGACCCAGCGCAGACACAAGGACAGAGCCCAGGACCAGCUGUCAGUGCUGUGGGGCUGUAGGUCUGCUCUGGCCACUGGGCCAGCAGAGGAUAAUGGACCUUUAUGGGUUGAGCUCUGCCAGACUCACUGGAACAAUUAACUGUCUGAGUCUGUGAUUCUGGUUGUCUGUAUAAUGGCCGUCUUUUGUACAUGCCUUUAUGUUCCUGCAUCAGGACAUUUACUUUAAAACGUGUAUAACAAACAAACCUUUGACAAUGGACUCUCAGCUCUGUUUUUAAAGUGAGACUAUGUGAGUUUGGAAAGAAACAAUAGCUCUUCCGUUCUUUUAUAAAUGGAAAGUUGAAUUCAGUGCACUCUUGAAUACACUCAGGGGCCUUACUUGGUCUGGUAUGACCAGUAGCUUAAUAAACUUUAAAUAGAUGUUGCUUUUUAACUGACAUUAGUGAGUCAGUUUGUUUGUUUUGUUGACUUUAUUAGUAUUCUGUGCUUGUGCUACCAUCAGACAACUAUUACAAGUUUGAGCAUUUACCAGUAAAAAAGUUACAUUGUCUCACUAAGUUGUUGUAAUAAUUCAAACACAGUGGAAAACUGAUGACUGAAAUGCCAAAAUCCAGUGCUUACAAAGGCAGAAAUGUAUUGAGAUGUAUACAGUGGUUGAGGUUGAAACUGGUAGAAUCCGAAAACAAAACGGAAAUAAAUAAUUUUAAAAUA